AUGGACUUUCUUCACGCGGUUCAGUUAACCCCUAAAGAUGCGGAAAUUAGUUCAAUACUUUCAGAGCGCGGCAGUACAGAUCCCGGAGAGGAAUCACUAGCGGAAGACACUGAUAUGUCCCUGCAGAUAUCGGACUUUCCUAAUCAAAUUAGUCGAUUCAUAGAAAAUCAGGAUGAUAAUGGGUUAGAAUACAUACCUUACGAGGAAUUUAGUGGGGUGGAAUUGAUUAGUAAGGGAGAAAGCGGAUGCGCAUCAAAGGCUAUUUGGAAGAAAAAACACGAUGAAGUUGCAUUCGUGGUCGCUUUGAAGAAGAUUUAUUCAUACGAUAGCGGGGGAGGUGCUGUCACCGGAGUGUUGAAAGAGCUCGAAGCAUACAAGUACAUAAUGGCAGCAGGAAACACGCCCGUACCCCCGAUUCUCAAAUACUACGGUCUUUCCCAAGACCCUGCAACAUCAGAGCCACUGAUUGUACAAGAAUAUGCUAAUUAUGGCAAUUUAUGGACAUACUUACAACGACACUUUGAUCAACUCACAUGGCCAUCAAGGGUCAAGCAUCUCCAACGCAUAACUGAAUGUCUGAAAGCAAUACACGAAUUGGGUCUUGUACAUGGAAACUUGCAUAGCGGUAAUAUUCUUGUCCAUAAGAACAGUACAUACAUUGCUGAUCUCGGUGCCGGUAAAGACGAUGACGUGAUUUAUGGGGUCCUGCCUUAUGUCGCUCCCGAGAUAUUUAUGAACGGAACAUAUAGCAUGGCGACAGAUUUGUAUUGUUUUGGUGUUAUUAUGUGGGAACUGGCCACCGGAGAAAGACCGAUGGCAGACCGACCUCACGAUAUCGAAUUGGCCCAUGAUAUAUGUAAUGGAUUACGGCCGGCAAUACCUGAUCAUGUGCCCGCUUGCUAUGCAGACUUGAUGAUGCAAUGUUGGGACAGCGAUCCUAACAACAGACCCAUCGCUGCUUCCGCGUACAAUACACUGAGUUCCUGGAUAGCGGAUGGAAACGAGAUUGAAGAAUUGAAGGUUGCCGAAGAGAAAAAGCCGACCAGCAGGAAAGAACCAAAAACUAUUCAUCCCGAAGCCGUUUACGUGAGCAAAUCGCUUAAUUCUUUGAUUAUAUUAACAAGUCAAAGGUACAAUUUGGAUCCAGUGUCGCGGCUUGGUGAAAUUGAGGCGGAGGUGAGAGCUGACGAUGAACACAAGCAUAAUUUGGAUCAGGAGUUGCAAAUUAAUAUUGAACCUGCCGAUGAACACAAGUAA